ACACCUCGCGCGACAGCCCGUGAUUAGCUUGGUGAUUUCAGGCCCUUCAUAUUCCGAGGCGAUGGCCCUUCGCUUUUGCCUUGUCCUUGCACUCUUCGGCAGCGUGGAUGCCAGCCUGCGCGGAAAGCUCCAUGCGGCGGCAGGCACCAUGAGCGCCGAGCAACUUCGGGAAACCGUGCUGCAAGAAGUCACGGCCGCCCUUGGCAGCGGCAACCGAGUCACCCAGCAGCGUCUCAAGGUCAUCGAGGAUGCUGCUCGUCCCAGCUUCGAAGCCAUGCCCAAGAACGAGUUCGGCAACUUGGAAGAUGCCGCUGCCAGGUAUGUGCUUCAUCGGCUCUUUGUGCAGCGGCAUGCCAUACACAUCAAGGGUUUGGAGGCCAGCGGAAUGGAAUGGAAGAACAUGUCGACUUCAGAAGUGCUUCAAGACCACGUGCCCUCCUUCGUGCUAUCCUUGUUUGAAGACCGUCUCAAAGGUCAAGGGCUUGGGUUGCACGAGCUUGCCGUCCUUGCGGCCACCCUUGAGCAUCUGAUCCAUGACGAGGCAGUCGCCAGACUCUCUGCGGUGUACCAGGCACACAAUGUAUCUGAAGAGGCCCGCCUGGACGAGAAUGGCCUUCAGGAACUGCUCGACACCUACAUGACCAUAUUUUUGGUCGGCAGCAACAACUUCACGGCAGCAUCUGUGGGCGAGGAUCGCCGCACUGUUGUCGAUGCCUAUCCUGGCUGGCAUGACACUCAGAAGUUCACCAUGCAAGUGCGAUCCAGCGUGGUUGCUGCGCAGGCAGCCGAUGCUGACUUUUCCCCAGGCAAUUUGAGCUUCCGUGCAGCAACAGCAGUUGUGGAGGAGAUCGGGGAGCGCUAUGGCCGCUGGCAAGAUGCCGAGUGCCGAGAUCUCAAGAGUUUGCUGACCAAGAUUGAGCAUGCAGGCACAGGCAGGGUACUUUUGAAGGACUUCUAUGGGUCCGCCCUGAACGGGAAUUGGCAGUUCUCUGAGAGCGUGGACUACUUGCGAGAGCUCGGUGCCCUGGACGAGUCUGACCCUGCCAAUCCAGCAGUUCUGAUCCCAAACUAUGUGAACUCGCAGUCGAACUGUGUGGCCUCUAGCAGCGUCUACUCAGUUUGCUGCAUCGACGAGUGCGAAGCCCUGCUGGGCCACCUGGAAAGGCAGGUGGCUGCUCCUGAGGCAAGCCCUGAGCAGCUUGUGUCUCUGGUGUCUGAGCUGCCGUCUGCCACGGUGCCGGCUCCCAGAACGCUGCCAGACAGCCUGAAGAGCCGCAUGAAUGAGGUGGCAAGCCACCACGGUGGCCAGGUGCCGUUGCACGGGCGUUUGUUCGCCCAGUGGCUGCACCACGCUUACCCAAGGGAAUGCCCUUUCCCGCACGUUGCGGGCAAAGCCAACCCCAUGACUGCAGACGAAUGGGCGGCCCGCCACAGCGUCUCCGCCUCCACGCCCGAGAUGCAGCGGGCGGCCGAAGCGGCGGCGCCGGUGGCUGUGAGUCAAAUGCCAUGGACGGCGUGGCUGAGUUAUCAGCCCGAGCGUUAGCAUUGGAAGCGGCGAUGGGUGAGGCAGCUGAUUUGCUAGCGGCACCCGUCCCGUUGGGCUACAUCAGCGUGCCAUACUUGCGGACGAUGGCCACGCAGUUGAUCUGAGUGGGCUAUGUUGAGAUUUCUUCUGCUCUGGGCAAAGACCCGGCAACAGUUGCCGAGUAGCUUGCGCAAUGCCAAGCUCUUCCUGGCCUCUUUCCAAAUCGGUCUCAGGGUUUUGCUCUUGUCGCUCGGAGUGCUGGCGUAGGGGGUGAGGUGGGUGAGUUCAAAGCUUGGCUGCGUUGCUCAGGCCGGAGACUUUGUGGAGUUCGAGCCGAAGUUAGAUUUGUCAGCUGUGCAGUACAACCUUUCCGACCUCAGCUCCACAGUGCCCCCCCCCAUGCCAGGCAUUGGUUUCGUUGGCCGAUCAGCACCUUGAGUUUCUGGUUCCUGCAAGUAGUUGGUCAGCGCUUAGCAGCCUUGGAGACGUCAGUGGAGGAGAUAGCAGCUUAUUACAAGAAGCUCACUAGUUAUAUAUUGUAUUUGGCAGGCAGCCGGGGAUGUGGUCCGAUCAGCGCUGCUAAUAUUCCAGAUGAAGUCAUGCAGUUGGCUCAGCUUUCCAAUCGCUGGCGGCCGCAACUACUUUGCGACCAAGUGAGUUCGCAAGACAGCCAAUCAGUGGAGCUCGAGGGAAAGGAGCCCGACAGAUCUAACCUGCGGGCGUCGGCCAGCUCCUGCCCUCCUUGCCGAGUUCUUCUUUGUCAGAGCUGCCCUGAACUGACGCUGCGAGCCGCGAUCGGGGGAGAGUGCCUGCCUGCCAUCAGCUCAAGCUGUGAUGCUUCUGCAGGUGUCCGACAGAAUGCGUGCUGCAAGAAGGCCCCAGACACAGCAAAGCCAGCUUUGAAGGUACCCAGAGCGACAGCUUCUUCAGUGCAGGCGGUAGACUUUCUGAAUUUCCCAGCUUCGCUACCUAAGUCGACGUGCAAAUUCACUCCACUUGUGUUUCUAUAGGGCACGCAGGGUGAAGCAACCUUGCGCCUCUGGCAACGCACAGAGCUGCCGUGGAGCGGCUCCGCCACCUGAUGGGGGCAUAGAUGACAAACGCGGCGCGCUGGUCCUGCAGGGCCAUCCGCAGAAGGACGCCAAGAGAUUUCCAAGUGCGCAGAGGAGCAGCUGAUCGUCGCGAAGGCGUCUUCACCUCGCUCGUAUUUCAGGACCUUUUGCCUCUACCUUGCCGCCACGGCGGCCUGCGUCGCCUUUUUGCGGGAUUCCCUGGCGAAGCUUCGCACCCAUCGCGGGGUCUUGCUGCCCGUGUCGCAGAAGCAGCACGCCUGCUAAGAGAGAGACGGCGAAUGGUAGGUUCAACGACCGAGGCCUUCAGCUAGUCGUUUCACUUGUCGCACUCCGGCAACUGUCAAAUAUGUUGCACGCAAAUUGAGAGAGCUCACGAGCAUAGAGGGUAAUG